GCUGCUGCUUGAUCUUCUGUGUGUCGCUGGUGGGCAGCAGUGAGUCUGUAGAGGGGCUUGCAUACCUGUCUCAGGUUCGUUCUGGGCGGAGAGCAUCUCUGGCUCUGGUUCGAGGUGGAGCCAGACGCAGAAACGAGCCUGAAGCGCUUUAAGAGGAGACGGACGCUCGUGCGCGCUACUGAUCCGAUUCUCUGCGAUGAUCUGACCUCAGUCCAGAUCCCUGCUCGGACCCCGACGCGCGAGAGUCUCGUGGCGGAUCGUGCUGAAGAAUCUCCCGGGUGUGUGUCGAGCCGAAGACGCGUCUCGCGCAGAGCUCCUCAGGAGGAAGACAUCACCUCAUCAUCAUGAUCCAGAGAGGAGGACGGACACCAUCUCAGCUUCUUCUGCUGGUGUCCAGCAUGUGUUUUGUGAGUGCUGAAUACUUGAGCUGUGGAGAAAAUGAGUUUUAUAAUCACACAAUCAGCAGCUGCCAACCCUGCCCUCAGUGUCAGCCGGGACAAGAGCCCAACAUGAACUGUGGUUACGGCACUAAAGAUGAGGACUACAGCUGCGUGGUGUGUCCGGCCGGGAAGUUCUCCAAAGGCAAGUACGAGAUCUGCCGGCGACACAAAGACUGCGACUCUCUGUACCGCGCCACGGUCCUGACGCCGGGGACUCUGGAGAGCGACGCCGAGUGUGGACCGUGUUUACCGGGGUACUACAUCCUGGAGAACCGUCCUCGUAACAUCUACGGCAUGGUGUGUCACUCGUGUCAGAACGCUCCUCGAAACAUCAGAGAGUGCAUGCAGUCGACUCCGCCGUCAUCAGGACGAGCUCCCAGCGUGUCGUCCAGCAGCACCACCAUCUUCCCACACGCAGAGAAAGAUCCAACAGGACAAGGUCACCUAGCAACGGCCCUCAUCAUCGCCAUGUCAACCAUCUUCAUCAUGGCCAUCGCUAUAGUGAUGAUUAUCAUGUUCUACAUCCUGAAGACCAAACCCAGCGGACAAGCAUGCUGCUCUGGACAAAUAAUAAAGACAGUAGAAGCCCAAACAAACAAGCAGGAGGAGAAGAAGGAGGUCCAAGAAACUGUGGUGAUCUUUUCAGAAAAGGACGAGUUUGAUAAGCUCAAGCCUUCUUCUCCAAAAACAGUGAAGAGUGAGAACGACGCGUCGUCGGAGAACGAGCAGCUCUUGAGUCGCAGCAUGGACAGUGAUGAAGAAGCAGCUCAGGACAAACAGGGAAGCGCUGACCUCUGCCUUCUGUCUCUGGUGCAUCUGACACGGGACAAGACCUGCUCCACCAACACCAUCAACACCACCAUCAACAAUAACACCACCAACACCAGCAGCAGAGCCACCGGGAUUCACAGCCGAAGGAAGAAGAUCCUGGAUCUGUACACGAGAGCCUGCAGUGUCGCAGAGGGUCUGAGUCCCACCGAGCUCCCGUUCGACUGUCUGGAGCGCAGCAGCCGGAUGCUCAGCGCCACCUACAGCACAGACAAGGCAGUGGUGAAGACGUGGAGACACCUGGCUGAGAGCUUCGGCCUGAAGCGUGACGAGAUCGGAGGCAUGACGGACGGCAUGCAGCUGUUCGACCGCAUCAGUACAGCGGGAUACAGCAUCCCUGACCUCCUGACCCGUCUGGUGCAGAUCGAGAGACUGGACGCCGUCGAGACCCUCUGCUUCGACAUCCUGGGGAACAGCGUCCCCCCGUCCAGCCACCAUCCCAACCUGAGCUCGCGCUGCGCCAGCGUCUGACAGCGUCUCCGGAGACGGAUCUGGACCUGCGCAGACCACCCGUGUGUUUCUGUCGUUCACAGACGGACGCUUCACUGCGACGCUGCUGAUUCUGAGAGCAGAUGAACACACUCCUACAUGAGCACAGACACCUCCAGACUGACUUCACACACUGUUGCAUUAAUAAUGCCACAGUAAUUGUGUUUUAAUUUUACAGUGACCGUCUGCUUGCUCUCUGCUGCAACAAGAGACUGGAGAAUCCAGCUACCUGAACAAAAACACAUCUGUUUUAAUAAGGCAAGACACUACAGGGUUAACUCAACUCGUCGAUACUUCACCAGUUGAUUAAUCACAGUACAUUAAAAGAGAAAGUUCCAGGACAGGAACCUGAGCAUUGCAUACCUCCAGGUUCAAAGGUCAUAUCACACUGUGUCCACUCCAGACUGAACACUGACCGAAGCACAUAUUCAGCGCAUGAGAUUAUCAUCAUCAUAGAUGUGUUCCACCCGAGACAUCGCAGAAAUAGAAACUGAUGAUGAUCGAUUAAGGACAAUAAACUAAACACUUAAGUCUGUAUUGUGGAUGUUUUCUUUCCACUAGUCUGAAAGAAGAGGCAUGAAAACACUGAAGUGACCAGUGCAAGUGACAUUUAGUCCUGGUACUACUACUACAAUUAUUAUUAUUAUUAUUAUUAUUAAACAUAAUGAUCAUUAUUCUUAAAUUUAAAAAAUAUACUAUGUACCAAAAAUGUUAUCCAUUAAAAAAAACACAUUCUAGCAGUACAAAUAAUAUUAUGAAAUGCAUUUUUUAAUAACAAAAUGAUAUUCAUUUUAAAAUACAUUUAAUAAUAAAACUAAAUUAGAUUUUUUUUUUUUUACUUUAAUUUAAUAAACAGUUCUGGUACUACUAUUAUUAUUAAGUUGUUUUUUUUUAAUCAUCAUUUUAAAGCAUUUAAUGAAAAUAAUAGAAAAAUAUUACAAUAUGAAACAUUUACUUUUGUGCUAUUAUUUUAUUAUUAAGAAAUGCACUUUAAAAAUUAUAUCAUAAAAUAUUUUACAAAUAAUUUAAAACAAUCCUGUAGUGUCUUGCCUCAAAGUUACAGACACAUGAAGCAAACACACAGUACACGUACAUCAGUGUGUGUGUGAGUGAGUGUGCGUGCGUGUGUGUGCGUGCGUGUGUGUGUGUGUGUGAGUGUGUGUGUGUGUGUGGCGAGCCGCCGCUGCUGCACUAAUUGUCUGGGAUUGGUGUUUCAUGACUCUGGGUGUAAAGCACCUGUGUCUUCCAGCAGCUCAUUAACUAAUAAUCCAAACGGAAGAGCUGUAAAGUGUCCGAUGGGAAGCAGAGGCAGCUGUGUAAACCUUUAACUGCAUGCAGAAGGCAGAACGGGGGGGAAACGUCUGCAGAGAGCCGCUUUAAUGACCUGACACACACACACAUACACACACACACACACUUCAUGACUCUCUGUGUUUGAGGCUUCAUCGCUCAGAAAGUUAUAAUCAGACGUUUGCAGGGAAUGUCAGAAACAGAUGAAUGGAUCAAUCACAUACAGUACAGUAUCCAGCAGCACUUCAGAAACCGGUUUGGCCUUUAUUUGUUGUUGCAUCAUGUUUGUUCACCCUUCCUCGUGUUAAUAUAUAUAUACUGUAUAUCAACAAACAAUGCAUUUUAUUUUACAUUCAAACUGAUAAAGGCCACGUCAACCUGCUCCUGGAUCAAUACAACAAUCACAACCACACAACUGUAUAUAUAACUUAUUAUUGUACAUAUGCACCAUGUAUGAAAGCAUCAGUAAAGAAAUAAAAAUGA